UGCUAAGUUCAGUUGCGAUUAUAUUCGUGGCUUGAACCCGCAACUUGACUUGAAGCCUGUGAAGAAACUUCAGAAGAGUUGGGUAUCAUCGAGUCCAAAAUGGCCCACAUCUGCCGAUAACCACCUGCUACGAUUCAUGUUUGAUAACAAUUUGUUCGUUGUAAACGACGAGAGAGAUGAUCUGUCGACUACGCUUCUGAGGUCACUCGGAGAGGGGACCGAACUCCCCGAGAUUGAAGAGAUGAAAGCGUCAGAGGUUGUAAGGCUCUGGGACAUCGUCAAAGACAGACUCGAGAAGCUCACCCACUUGCUCACUCAAAAUCCAUAUUUCAUUCUCGCGUAUCGACGAGAUGGGGUUAUUCAAAUGACGGAUAAAUUCGCGAGACUGUGGAAGAAUAGGGAAUGUUAUUGGGAAGAUGGCUUCGACUCAUGCAAUACCGAUCGUCCGAAACCAGCGAAAAAGCGCAAGAAGUCCAAGGCUGUUCGAGCCAAGACGCCACUCGUAUUUCCAACUCUGUCAGGGCAAGAUGAUACGAUGUUGGAAUACCUUUCGGCACAAGUUGAUCUGGGCUCAAGAAUGCAGUUGGCAAGUAUGGCAGAGACCGCUCUCGAGUUGUCGGGUGAGAAGGUUUUCAAGUGCGACCGCUUAAACCCAGAGAUCAGAGAACCGUGUCGAGUCUUGAACAAGCGAAAAUACAAUACUGAGCACCACAUUGAGACCAUCCACGAGGAGGGUGGUGAUGACCGUGUUGGCGGAAGAGAGCUAUUCCAAUCUCGCUGGCCAGAGUUCAUGGACGUAGUUCCAGAGCUCGAAACCGACGAUCUGGAGCCGCAACAGACCUUCACGAGAAGCUUUUCGCCCGCUGACAGCAUCGACUCGGAAUCUCGAAGAACGGGAGAAGCAAAGUCUCCCAACAUCACGCCUUUGUUCUCUCUUCCUCCGCAGAAUCAGGUUAUGAACAAACAAGUUUCCCGUAGUCCUACAAUGGAAUCUACACCGUGCCUGGACGGCCCAACUAAACAGACUUCGAUUCUCAAAGUCCCCAUGUCCAUGCCGUCCCAAAGCUUAAGUCCUACCGAAUCAACUGCGAGUCAGAGUCUUGAAAGAUCCGUCACCACUUUCGAGAGUGUUUUGCAUUCUCAACAUUAUCAGCCUCCCCCAACUGGUGGUGAAGACUCGGCCAGUACUUUCGGGUCGAAAUGGCAUGCUGAAUUUAGUUGGCUUGACCCUCAAAACCCUAAAGCAGCAACGGCACCUUCAACGAACGCUUCUUCGACCCAUGGUGAAGCUCAAGUAUCUUCGACAACCGAACACAACAAGCACGUCUCUCCACACGUAGCCCAAAAAACCAAAGAGGUUGAACUCGAAUAUGCCAAUCGCCACAAUUCUACCUCCAGCACGCUGGGAUCUAGCAUAUCGUUACCGUUGGAGAUAGUCGACGACUCGGAUAGCCCGUCAACCCCAAGCACACCUGCUACCAAGCCAUCCUCCACCAGAACAAACACGCCAUCCUCGCAGGCGUGCAAGCCGACGAAUGAAUUCACGAAGGGAACAGCUACCGCAGGAGUACAACUAAAAUCGGAAAAUCCCUCCCCACUCAAGACAAUGAGCUUGCACAGCAUGCUGAAUGGAGAGACCGAUUAUCGUACUACGAAUUCACUGUGCCCUCCUCAUCUCCCUGGGGAGAAGCAUAGAGCUUUAUCAACCUCCCCACCACAAAGCAUAUCUCUCCAGCUCGAUCAACCAACGUCUCUAUAUUCAGCGCAUGCAGGGAGCAGUCCAACAGCACAGUUAUCUUCUGCCCAAGUAAAUACCAGAUGGCCGCCUCAUGCUCCAAGCCCUGAUCAGCGACACCAACAACGAACCAUGACCAGUGCAGAACCUCUAUCAAGCGAUCCGGAUCCAUCUUCAACUCACCACCGGUCGAGUGAGCCCACCCAGUCACCAAUCAGCGGGGGUAUGGUGAAAAGGAAAGCAGGUACUUGGCCUUUCCGAGCUGCCAACGAUAUACAGAGUCCAACAAACGCCGCAGGUCACUACAAAGACUGCGCUCAAGGUUCUGAGUCACCGCCGCCCAACUCGUCUCCUAUAACUCUUGGUUUCAAGAGUCUCCUGCCACAAGGAUGUGAACCCCUCCAAAAGCCCGCUGCCGAAUCAUCUGCAACACAUCGAUCGCCUCCCCAGGUUGGCGACGAUGUUCAACUAACAUCUGCGGCUUCCCCUCUUCCGAAACCCACAAACAGAUCUCCUGUUGAAAAGAUCUUCCAACCACAGACGCUCGGCGAGCACUAUUUACCUCCUCGAUCCAUGGAACCUCGUCGAUCUCCCGAUGCUCCUUCGAGCACAGUUCCGGCGGUUCCAAGCUCUCUCACAACGAGUACCAGUACGUUAAAUUACAACAAUCAUACUCUUGUUUCGCCGGUGCAAAUAUCGCAGGCUGCGACAAUUUCUCGAGUGCAAACGUGCCAAGCUUACCAGAACUCAGGGUUACUCAUACCGGACAGAACGUUUACUCCAGGUCAAACAGCCACGAAUCAGUCCCCUCACAACCCUCCAUCGCAGCCAAAGUCACCUGUUCCUUGCGGAACAGGGUCUCAGGUUCAAGAUUCUACAGUAAACCACAACAUGAACCCUCCAUCACCAGCAACAAAAUCUAUCCAGUGUCACUCACCCUCUGAGGACUUCACUCCCAGACCUGAAAAGAGAGUCGCUCAGUCUAUUCAAAAACCGGCCACUCCUCCUUCCAAAGGUACUCCACAUCGCCGCAACGGCUCCUACUCUUUCGUCCCGCCACCGGAGGCUUUCUCUCCUUACCAGCCCUCAAACACCCGUCAAGCUGAUACCCUUGUCCCUUCACCUUUGGUUCUCUCUACAGACACGCGCCUCGCUACCACCUCUAACCCAUCAGGCACCUUCAACACACCAACGCUCACCCUUCUCAUCGAUUCGGCCGACGGAAGCAUGAUUCUAGAUACAACGCACUCAUUCGAGAUCGUGAAGAACUCCUCACUUUCGGAGUUUUUUCAAUUUUACUCUUCCGUCUCUGCUGCACCUCUGUCAAGCUUGACUAGUCUUGAAUUCCAACCAGCUUUUGGAAAGAGGCCGAGUUACGAGAUUAGGAGAUAUGGUGGUGAGGACAAGUGGAAAAGGUUAAAGGAAGUGAUCUCGUCCCAGUUCGAAAAGGCGAUACGGAAGGAUGGGGGCAGGAGGACUGAAUGGCAGGUUUUGGUUAGCAGUGAGUAGUUCUGUGAGGCUGAAGAGUGUGAUAUGAUGCGCGCAUAUGGAGCAACAUUUCAUGGAGGUGGAAGUGCAAGUGGGAUCCGUGAUCAACUGAUCUCCACUCGUGUAUAUUUUCUUUUGCGCAUUGUAUUUGGAAUUUCCUAUGGAAUUGUAACAUAGGAGUCGGAAGUAAAACAAUUUUU